UUCAUUCCUUACCGUCGUAUCCGUGCUUUGAGCUUUCUUAGAGAUUAAUAAGAUAGUUUGAACUAAAUAAAAUGGCUAAUGAAAAUAAAGAUUAAUAUUUCUUUACAAAUAUAACGUGUAAUCUCUAUUAGUGAUGAUCAGCACGAUUGGCAACUUAUGAAACCAAUGUGUAGCGAAAUACCCUAGAAUUACAAUGGGUUGAAAAAGUAACUGUGUCCGGCGAUUACCUGUUCACUACAUAUAUUCAUAAUAUUGUUUACUUUCCAACAAACUAACACACCUAUAAAUUGUUUAAGAUGGAGUUAGAUGUUUCGCCAGUUGAAAGUAUGGAUUUGGAGUAUUCGGAAAAUUCGUCUGAUAAUAAGUAUUUGACUUGCAAUAAUAAUGAGCAAUAUACUGUUAUUCGCAUUCCACAAGACAGUGAAAAACCCAGUAAACAUUCCUCUAAAAAGCAGUCUAAACGAAGAAAGAAAAGUUCCAAUCACUCUAGACCUUUACCUAGAAUUAUAGUGAAACCUUUACCCCCACCUCCACCCACUGAAAAUCGAGAAUGGACAGCAGCAUCAUGUGUAGAAUCAAACUCUUCGAAUAAGCCAUCAACUAUGCGAGAAGUAUUGGCGAGUAUACCAGGUUUUUGCCUUAAACCUAGAAAAAGAAGUAGUAAAAAACUAUCAACAGCUGCUCAGUUACAGCAGACUAGAGAAGGAUUUAUAGAUUUAGAAACUCCAGACUCUAUACUUGUAAAUACCAACAUUAGAGCAUUAUUAAAUAAACACACAUUUUCUCUCCUACCCCCUCUGUAUCAAACUAAACUUGGACAAUUGCUUCCUAGUGUAGAUAGAAUAAGUUCUUCAGGUCGUUUAAGUUCAUCUAGUCUUAAUAAUGAAUUUUUUGCUCGUGCCUGCUUGGAAUGGCAAGAAAGUUUGUCUGGAGGAGAGUUUACUCCAGAAAAUCAACAAAAAAUUAAGACUGAAGCAGAAAGGGAAAAAACUAAAAUUGAUCCAUGGAAAAUAAAACAUUUUGAACCAUUUUGGGGUGAAAAAUUUAGGAAAGAAAAAUCUACAGUUAAUAUGAAUUCAGAGAGACCAUCUUUGAAAACCACAAUAAAACUAAGACCUACUGCUUCAAUCACCAGUAGUAGUACAGUACCUAAAGUAAAAAAAAGUAAAUCUAGCAAUAGUAAGAGAAUGCGUUCUGUUGGAGCUGUUACACGGUCAUCUGCUAAGGCAGAGGAAAAUGAAGAUGAAUGCAAUAUGCCUAUUAAUAAUAAACUUGUAGCUCCAGUACCUGACUUGCUGCCACUUAAAUCUACUAAAAGUCAUACUCAAAGUUAUGAGGAAUGCCAAAUUGAUUUUAAUUUCUCAGAUUCAUCAGUAGCAAGAACUGAGGAUACCGUUUCAACAACUCCAGUUGACCCACUCCUUAUACCUGAUAGUGAUAGUGUUUCUGAAAUGAAGCAAGAUUUAGAUAUGACCGUCGUAAAAAUAGAGGAAACAUCUAAGGACUUUGAAGAAGAAAAAUGUGGUGAUUCUAUUGUGUCCAACAGCAACAAAAGGUUAAGUAGUAAUGAUGAUGAAUAUCAAUGCUCUAAAAGGUUGAAAUUUGAAGAUGAUUUUAAACCAGCCCAAAAACAGAAUGAUAAUACUAAUACUUUUCCAAAUGAUUUUCUUAAAGGGGAUAACAGUUUUAGUAAUGAAUAUGCUAACUUAACAUUUUCAAAUAAAUUAAAGUUUAAUGUUAAAGUCACAGAUGCUCCUUUUCAUUCAAAUCCCUUGCCAAGUACAGAUAACACUGGCUCGGAUAUAGACAUUAAUGAGAAUGGUGAAGUAAUUUGUACUAGUGAUGACAAUGUUUAUCCUGAUCAAGAAACUGGGGACACUAAUAGUGAAGAUAGUAAAGCUACAAUAUCUGCUUAUGACUUUGAUGAACGAAGUGUAUCCUCUAUGUCUAGUAUAAAAAUUGAGGCUCACUUGGACACUAUAGUAAGUGAGCAGAACGAAGAAAAAAUCAAUUUUAAUACAGAUACAGAGCAUGAGAAUAGUGAAAGGAUUGAAAAAGCCAAUUUGAAGGAGUCUAGUGCAAAUAAUGAAGAUGUUUGUGUACCUGAAAUUAAUGAAACAACAACAACAGGGCAUGAUUAUAAUCUAUCUUUAGAUACAGACACUAAUUGUUCCUCAGAAGGAAAAGAUAUGGUGGAGAAGGAAUUAUAUAACAUAGAGCUAAUAAAAGAUAUUGAGAAUAAGACUUCUAAAGAUGAAAACCUAGAAAUAUCUUGUGUAAAUAUGGAUGGAACAGAAGAAAAAUCUCUAGAAAAAUGUAAAGAUGAGCAAGAUGCUCCAAACUAUUAUGAUGAACAUUUUAAGGAUGCAGAGUCAUUCAUAAUGGAGACUGGUGGGCUACCUAUUAUUGCUUCUCAAAAUGAAAAUGCCAAGUAUAGUCAGUCUAAUUUUAUGGAACUGACUUCUUAUAUGAAUGAAUCAAAUGUAACAGCAGUGGUAACAAUGCCAAUUACACAAACAACAUCUUUACCAAUGAUGGAAGUUACAAACACAUCUAUGGUAUCAUAUCCGGACGACUUACAAGACCCAGCCAAACCUAAGAGUUCUGCUAUAAUAUGGAAGUCGGAAAAUGAGUGGGUGAAUAAUGAAAAUAUUAUAACACUGCAUAAUUUCUCUACUAUCAACAACGACAGUGCUAAGUAUGUGAGUGAGGAUUCUAAGACUAGCAUUGAAGAUGUUCAUAUAAAUGACGAGAAUUGUAUGUACAAAGAGGAAAGAGACGCAAAUUUCAACAUGGAAUCGUCAAACUCAUCAGAAAGCUGCCAGUCAAUGAAGGAGGUGGCCUUAAAGGAUAGUGAAUCGGCUCCUAGUGUAGUGUCGAGUACGACAGUGGCUAAUCAAUCCGUCAAUUCAACUACUGUCACUCAUUCCGUGAGAUCUGGCAAGAAAACGAAGUUAGGAAAAGAAUCAAACAGAAGCCGUAGUUCUAAUAAAGUUCCACCGGGUGCUGUGAAUCUAGAACGGAGUUACCAAAUCUGCCAAGCCGUGAUUCAGAAUAGCCCAAACCGAGAUGCUCUAAGGAGUCAGCUCAGGCCUCCACCGGCGCUCCUUACAAGGCCCAAUCGACAGCCUAGGCCUCCGCCCCCGGUUCUUGUGAGACAGGUCUCUAAUGCUGUCAUACAGCAUAAUGAGAUAAAUGAGAAUCGACCUAACAAUAUGGGCCAGUACAUUCUAGUUCAAAGGACACCAAACGUUGCACCUCGAGCAUCGAGCGCUCCUCCCACUAAUCAAAAUAGCAAUAUUAAUGUUACUCGAUGUAGAAGCGUAGGCGCAGAAGAUUCGUGUGUAUGCAACCUACGGGCUAUGAUCCUAUGUAAGAAGUGUGGUGCCUUCUGUCAUGACGACUGUAUUGGAUCGGCAGAGCUCUGCCUCACAUGUCUGAUACGUUGACCACAAUAUAAGGGUUAUUCUUACCUUGGUUUCCAUAGCAACGUUGUCAAAAUUUGUUUUUUGGUGACAGACAUAGGUGUUAAAAGCGAUGUCUUUCGCUUAAACUUUUCGAUAGUUUCCAGCGAGCGCUUACUAUUUAUUACCAAUAUUCAAUGAAAAUAUUAUAUAAUUCAGAAUAUUAAAAAAAACAGACAUUUAUACUGUUUAACAGAUUUUAUCAAACCAUUUUUAUUCAAAGUCUUGGCAGAAAGAUGUCGCUUUGGACAAUUUAUUCAGGUUUUAUAAGUUCAAAAAUUAUAUGAUUCGUAAGGCUAUUCGUAACUGCGACGUAUCGUAGAUUGAUCUAAGAACAAAUGCGUUUUAUGAAUCAACAAUUCGUUACAAUUACGACUAGAAUUCUUCAUAUUGAAUCUGCUCGAGUUUUAUUAAUUUCGUCUUUUUGCAGGAAUUUGGAUUUGUUAAAAAACGUGGACUAUAGUUAGCCGUGUUUGUUACCAUGGUAACGAUGUAACCCGUAAAAAUCGUUACUAUAGGGUCUUUAGUCCAAGUUUUAUAAUUAAUUGCUUGAUAUAUAAAUUACUGUAUUUAUGAGCUAUUUUCCAAAAACCUUCAUUAAACAUGUGUACUUGGAUAUUCGAAAAAUCUGCUUUUUUGAUGACUUUUUGCGUAUAUCUGUCCAGGGAGUGCUCUCUAAAUUUGUGUUGACGAGUGAGUAUUUCUAUCGUUAUAGAUAUCUGCUUUAUUUUUAUAUUAAUAGUCUGUGGAAGAGAACCGGCGUGACGGUUAUGCGAACUAAUAAAAUUCUUAAUUACGCAUCAUUUUUUUUAUUCACAAAAAGUUACAUUUUAUUUAUUAUCAAGAUGAUUACUGUUGAACGUCAUACGACGUAAGUGUUGCCAACAUAAAAGGUUAUUAUGCGCUGGUACCUCAACGAUGACGGUUCUCUUUCCGUAUAGACUACCCGCCCUAAGGAGAGCCUUAUGCCAUACAUAAAUAGUUAUGAUUAAGUAACAUUGGUCUGUAUUGCAAAGCCAAAUGAAAAAGUGGUUGUAUGAAUGGUGGUGCUAUGAAUGACCGAAUAAAUAAUCUUUUUCGAGUAUAAAAGAAUUUGUCAAAACAUUAAAUCCAAUUAAUGGAUUAAUAAAAAAAAUUAAGACACGAGGUUUCUUUUAUUAAAGGAACGAGUUCUGUCUGUGAGACAGAUUAAUUAUAUUUAUCGUUUAGUAUAGAUGUGCCGUGAUUUGAAUGCAAUAGAGAUUUUGGGCUAUAGAAUGUUGAGUGCGACUUGAAAAUAUAUAUUUAUACAUUUGGUAUACCUAUCCGACUUGUGGAUAUACCACAAUACAGUAUGAAUGUACUGAAUGUUUAUACAAUUUGCACAACUGUUUUUGUAGUAAUAAUACUUUAUAGAAUAUCAGAAGGGAUAUAUUUAGAUAGUAUAGUUCUGAUAUUGAAUUAUGCACCUAAUAUAAGAUACAUUUAGGUCACAGUUAAGUCUUUUGCCAUUAUUUAGUUAAGAAUUAUUAUUUUUAGCUUUGUUUCGUUAAGUCAGGUUGGAGACGGUGGCGUGGCGUACGCGAGUGCACGUUAUUACAGAUAAAACUAUCGGGGGCGGGACUUGAACUAAUUAUCGAUUGGUGUAUCACGUGUCAGUAUGGUCAUGUCAUAAUUUUAAUUUUGCGAGGGUUUUGUUUUGUGUAGUGUAAACUGCAUAUCGAAUACAGACAAAAUAAUUAAAAAUUACACAUAUUAUCAGCCGUAAGAAACUCAGAUAACACAUGGAGUACGUCACACCCCCGUACCUUUAAUAUAUGAUUACAUUGAUUCACUUAUUGUUGAAAUUAUAACUGAAAAAUGCUGCAAAAAGAUGCUGUCUCGCUCUAUUACAAGCUGUGUGAAAAGAAUAUAAUUUCAAUUCAAAUUGUAUCUGCGCUAAUAAGUAUGCCUAAAUUUAGUGAUAUAAUAGAUUUGUUUAGGAUUUUUCUAUUUUGAAUAAUAUAAGUAUGUACAGAUAUUUAUUGUCUUGAGAAGGCUGAUGAGUGUAACAUCGGAUUUAAUUAUAAGUGAUCAUGUAGAGUUAAUCGGUUUGUUUACUAAAAAUGUAAUUAAUUUUUGCCGUGACCAGGUUCCAUAUUUUGUAUAUUUGUACUUUAUCCUUUAUAAACACUAGAGAAAUUUGCUCACUACAUAUAAAAUAGCGUAAUUAAAUAUAAAUACAAAGGACUAUUUUGACAUGGAUAUAGCCUGGUUUUAUAUUUUAAAUACCCCAUUGCACGACGAAUUUAUUUCUGUUUUGUAGUUUAUCAGAUAGCGCCAACUUCAUGAUUGUGUGCGGCACAACAAAACAAAACAAAACUGUUGCAGGCAGCCAAAAUCAAGUUGAAAAUUGGUGCUUCCUGAUGUUAUAAUUAAAUGCACAAUUAUUUAAGAUGUAAAUUAAAUACUUUUGAAUACAUGGAGUAUUUCAAUAAAUAUGAUUUACUUAUAUAAAAGGUCUAAGCAUUUAGACAAAUUUUUGUGUUUAAAACAGAAACAAAUGGGACGUCUCUCAAGCCUCUUAAAAUUCAUAUAUAAUUUAUGGUAAACUCUUCACUACCAAGUUUACUGUUUACUUUUAUAUUGCUUAGGUCUUUGUGAGCACUAAUGUUUGGGAAAGACUGAAUCUGCAAAAAUAUAAGCUACAUUUGGUGCAACCAUUCAACGUUUUCAUUCAUAAUUCAAUGUACAAAAAUCACAAGUGUUAUUUAUUGGUAAUUAAUUUUAAGCUAAACUCUUUCUUAUUAAAAAUUAUGUUCUUUACAA